AUGGAUUCUUGCAACAAUAAAGACUUUUAUAAUUGCUGUAGUUGUGCAACUUGCAUUUUUUCUGAGUUAAUAAAAAUUGGUGAGUGUAUCCUGAGUUCGUGGUGCACGGACAACAUCAAAGCUCUAUUAAUGAGUUUGAUGAGUAAUCCUUAUUUGAAUAAGUUACGAGAUGAUAUUUGUAAACUUGUGGAGUUAAACAAGUCAAAAGACAUUCUUUACUCUAAAAUGAGGUUAUAUGGCUGUAUGGAUUGGAAUCUUGCUAGUGACAAACGGAAGCUUCUUUCACCUCAACAUAUGGAUGAAGUUGAGACCCGAGUUAUAAAUUACUUAUCACGUUUACCUCUAGUUUAUCAAAGGCUUUUUAUUCUAUAUGUUUUGGUUGGUAGCAGUCCGUCCAUGACAAGUUCGAUCAGCUCUGAACUUCACAAAAAUUCACUACAGAAAGGUGAUUUUAAGACUCGGGAAUAUGAAUCUUCAAUACAACUGCCAUGGAAUAUCACCUCAAAAAUUAAGUCAUUUGUUAACAAUCAAGAAAAAAAGGUUGCACGUAAAACAAGAGGUAGCCCUUUGACCGAACUUCAAUGUACGUCAUCACUGUUUCGAGUUGAUCCACACUUUAUGAGAUACACAUUAGUACCAGUGCCUGUAUGCCCAAUUCAGUUGAGAAGUAAAAUUUCAGGUGAACCAAACUCUGGGUUAUUUAAGGAACCACAGGUAGUUACAGGGAGUAAUGAUAAUACAUGUAGUCAAGGGAAAAAAAUGCAUUCUGAUUCAUCUGAUGAUUGGAAUGAUUUGAUACAAAAAUCAUGGAUUCAAUAUCGUAUGAAAUAA